CUCGCCUAGAUAUUCUCAUAAAAGCAGUUGAAGAUCUGAUGAAGCUAACAGAAAUAAUAUCGGUUAAAUGUAAUGAAUAUCUUAAGGAAAUUGAAACCGAAGAAAGAGGUGCAAAGAGGGUUUGCGAAGCAGCUUUGUUCGUUACGAAUGGGGUUGCUUUCGGGUUUGCGCUGGCCGCUAAACAAGAAUUAAGCAAAGCUAUAGAACAACAGAAUAAUACUCUUAGAAGGUUACACGAAUUUCAUUUGACGCUUACCAAAAUGACCCAGAAAGGAAGAAUUAUUCUAGAUCUAAGUGGAAAUGAAAUGUUAGAUCAACGAAAUACAAUUAUUGAAGAAUUUACCGAAUUUCAGAUUCAAUGCAAAAGUUUCAAGGAUGUGUUGGAUGAUCUUGAAGAAUGA